AUGUUUUCGGCAGCAAGAAGAACUGCUCUUAGAGCAGCCAAUGGCAUCCCCAAGGCCACGUCCGCUUUUGCCAGCCCAUACAGCCCCUCGGCACUACAAAGGUUACUGUCAACACUUGCCAUCCUCGAGCAGCGCGAGGGCAAGCUGAACCACGGUUCGCUCAGUGCAGUCACCGCCGCCAAGAAACUUGGUGGCUCCGUACAUGGCUUCGUCGCUGGAAGCAACAUCAAGGGCGUAGCAGACGAGGCCGCAAAGGUGGACGGCGUUGAGAAGAUCAUUGCCGUCGACAAUGGCGCCUAUGACAAGGGACUCGCAGAGAAUUUUGCGCCCCUUCUCGUCGAGAACAUCAAGAAGGGCGGCUACACACACGUCAUUGUAGGCCACACGGCUUUUGGAAAGAAUCUUAUGCCGCGGGUCGCUGCCCUGCUCGACUCCCAGCAGAUUUCCGAUAUCACCGCCAUCGAGAACGAGAACACCUUUGUGCGACCAAUCUACGCCGGCAACGCUAUCGCUACGGUCGAGUCCGCCGAUGCUGUCAAGUUCAUUACUAUCCGCGGUACUGCUUUCGCCGCAGCCGAGGUUGGCAGCGGCUCGGCUGCUGUUGAAGAGGGCGUUGACCCGAAGGCAGAGGCACUUGCAGAAUGGGUGUCGGAAGAACUAGCCAAGUCUGACCGGCCGGAUCUUGCAACCGCCAGCAAGGUUGUGUCGGGCGGCCGAGGUCUCAAGUCGAAGGAGGACUUUGACAAGGUCAUGCUGCCCUUGGCCGAUUCCCUUGGCGCUGCCGUGGGCGCAUCUCGUGCGGCCGUAGACAGCGGAUACGCCGACAACAGCUUGCAAGUAGGACAGACUGGAAAGGUUGUGGCUCCUCAGCUCUACAUGGCCGUGGGUAUCUCGGGUGCCAUUCAACAUCUGGCUGGUAUGAAGGACAGCAAGGUUAUUGCAGCCAUUAACAAGGACGGUGACGCACCCAUCUUCCAGGUCGCAGACGUUGGCUUGGUUGGUGACCUGUUUGAGAAGGUUCCGGAGCUUACAGAGAAGUUGAAGUCGUCUUAG